AUGAGAUCAAUCCGGGAAAACCAGGGUUGGAUUUUCUUUCGCCACCACUUCGGGCUGGUUUCUGCGCUCGCUGCCAACAUCCUUUCGAGGGCACCGGACCCGAGAUCAUCGAACAUCGGAGUGGGUAUCAUCGUGGGUUCCCAUCCGAAGAAGCCGGACGGAGACCGUCCGGAUCAUCCCGCCGCUUCUGCGGCCGGUCCAGAGCUCUCCUGGCUCUCACAUCUGGGCGCGGACCGACACCUUCAUUCAAUCGUUUUUAGGGCGCCGUACUUUGGCUGGUAUGUCUCCGUCAUCAGCAGCCUUCCCGACAAUUCGAGCUCAACUCCCACACCCAUUCCCACCAAACCUCUUGCGUCUGCAAUGUCCUGCUCUUCUGUGAUGGCAUACUACGGCUACACUUCCCCGCCUGUUCGUGCCACAAACUCGUCUCGAGUCCCAUCCUCUGAGAUAGAGAUCCCUACCAGGCCCAGGCGCGAAUCAUCCGCCCAGCUCCUUACGCCCCGACUUGUCGCGCACUACCUCGCAAAGUUCCGGGACACAGACGAACCCGGACUUUGA